UCUGCAACUGCACCAUCAGUGUCGCCACCGAACGAAGGUAAACGUUGCGCUACGUACAAUACCAGCAAUGCAGAACUGGUGGCGGCUCAGUGUAACUCGUGUAACUUCUUCAUCUGCCAGGAAUAUUUUAGCCCUCCAAUUUCUGCAACCACAUCCAAGGCUACCCCAAUUCCCAAAUCAACCACAACGGGCAUGCACUCCGUUACUCCGAACACAAAAGUAUCCACAAGACAUUCAACGUUAACAAAUGCUCAAGCUUCCUCAUCAACCAAGUCCACUCCAGUCGUUACAACGCAAGUACACAUCAUCCCCAUAACCACCAAAAACGACACGCACCCUACCACCACAAAAACACCUGCACAUACUGGCAAUGGAAAUACAAACUUCCCAUCACCUGCGUCUGCCACAAACGCUGCUGUUACCACUGGGAAUGCUGAUCACUCCUCCUCACAUCCAAAAUCAACAACUAACUUGGAGUUCCAGGGAGAGACAAACGGCGCAUCAACUGCGUCGUCCACAAGUGUUGUUGCAACCACAGGUAAUAAUCUAGGGAGACCUAUCAAAGAGCAACAGGACUCCACCGCACCCAUUGGCUCCAGUGUUGCCGUCUUGGUUGCUGUCGUCUCAGCCAUUGUGAUCCUCGUUGUAUGCAAGAAACGGCAACAACGAAAGUUUGACAUUUGUUCCCAACACGGUCCUAUGGUACUUCAGAACAACCUUGCGGCGGAUGAAAUGCGGCCAUCAAAUUGUCAGAAUGCCCAUGGUGCGGUCGUAAACGAACCGGAUCGGCUACAAGAUGGAUAUCAGGGCAGUCUCGAGGAUGCUGCAUCCACCCAUGGCUGCUCUAUAUUAAAUCGUGCAGAAUCUGGCACUGCAAUUGCGGAGAGCGCCUAUGCAGCGAUCGGUGCAGAAAAUUUAGUUAACGCCAGCUCUAGUCCGGUUGCCAUGAGACCAACUCAGGCUCAAACAGCCAGUGCCACCACGAGUGAAGAUCCCCCAAACCAAUCCACCGAGGUCACGGGACUUCAAGCUGCUGCUGAACACAGCCACCUUGAAUCAGUAGACAAGAUGUGUACGUAUGAAAGUGUGUUCGAUAUCCAUCCACUACAGCCUAUGAACCAGACGGCGUCCGUGACUUUCGCUGCUGCUUCAAUGGACCAAAGAAAGAUACGAACCAAAGAUGAGAGCGCAGAUGACAGCCAAAUACCCCUGCAGCUGUAUUGCCUGGCAGAUGAACCUCACCCAAGUGUUGACGAUGGGGCAUAUGAGAACGCCCUAUCACCACACCAGAAGGCUAUGAAGACUACAUCUGACCAAGAUUUCAAUGCAGAUCAGUACGAUAACGUCAAGUUUGUGGCCGGAGCUGGGAAGCACCAGGCCACCCCAGCAAAUACAGUGGAGUCUGUUUACGACAACGAAGUGAUACUUUCCAAGAUGGAGCCCACUGUUGCUAAUGACCACACAUAUAACACUCUCAGGGAGGUAACAGAGCCCGCUCCAGUCCAGCCGACGUCACCAUACGACGUAUUGGAUCGUUCUCAGGUUCCUGUCAACGAUGUCACCCCCGAGUCUGGAAAUCCACAAUCACCUUGGAUGGAGCCCACUGCUGCAAAUGACCACACAUAUAACACUCUCAGGAAGGUAACAGAGCCCGUUCCAGUCCAGCCGACGUCACCAUACGACGUAUUGGAUCGUUCUCAGUUUCCUGUCAACGAUGUCACUCCCGAGUCCGGAAAUUCAACAGGGCAAGCCAAGGCGAAUGCUCAUCAAGACGAACGCACGUAUGACAACACUCCAAAGAUAGCGAAGCAUUGAACGUUCCUCUUUAAAAUACUACAAAUGAUCAGCUUUUGCUUUCCUUUUUACGAUAGAUAUAAAAAGCCUGCUUAGGAUCGAAAAAUGUUCACUUAAUCACAUGUAUAUCUGCUUUACUCAAUCUAUAUAUCUGCUUUACUCAAUCUGUAUAUCUGCUUUAAAUAUUUCGUGUCGCCACUGGCUUUUCCACCAAUAACGUUAAAUUGUAUUUUACAUUCCAUAAAAGUGCAAUGCCCUUUCAAUCACUUUCUGGCAUUCAUAAAGGUUUCAACCCAAAAGGUGCCCGUGUUCAUUUUUUAAACGUUAUUUAUAUUUGAAGUUCUCUCCGUUUAAGAGGAAACAGUAGGGGACAAUGACAUCAUGUUACGAGUUAUGACUAACUGUCCACCAACGUAACCAGAUCUUAUACAGUCAGUGAGUGCGAUACAAAUUGGUUGGUGGACAGUUAGUCAUAACUUGUAACAUUUUGUCCUUCUUCUUUUCACAAAUAUUUAAUUGGCUCACCAUCCGAGUUACAUUUUGACAAUGACAUCAUUCAUUUUCUGUAGUCAUAAUUGAUUUUUUAAUUUUUUUCUUUUGUCACCUUUUUCCCCAGCUACAUAUUUCAUUUCUCGUGCCUUCUCCUAACCUACCAUGCCACUCAUCAUGGUAACCAAUGUUUUUCUUUCACUUCUCCCACGCACUGUUUUAAAGGUAUAUAAAGGUUAAUUACUUUCACAGUAUAACAAUGGAGCGUGGUUACCAUCUCGACAUUGGA